UUCCUCAUGUCUUACAUAUGAUACCUUAUAAAAAGAUGAGGAACAGGAUGAGUUGUAUUUCCAGUUCAAGAAAUUCACAGACAGCUCUGACUUCUACAAAUACACUGGUGAGACAAAUCCACGGGCAUUCACAACUGAGAUUUUAGUGGAGAUCUGGAAAUCAGACAUACUUUGAAGCAGAUUUUUGCUAACUAAAAGAAUAAAUGAAGAAGACAAAACAUUUCUUUAGUUUCUACUUCUUUGCCUUAGUUUUUCUGGGCCAGAUUUUUAGUACCACAGGUUCCAAAAAUGUCACAGUUCCAGGUGACAUUAUGAUUGGUGGAUUGUUCCCAAUACAUGAAAGUGUGAAAAUGAUCAUUGGAGAAGAUGGCAGGGAGACAAGGACCUGUGACAGGUUCAGUAAUGCUCGACUGGUCCAGUCUCUGAUAAUGGUGCACGCAGUGGAGGAGGUAAAUAAGAGGCAUGAGUUGGGGAACCUCACCCUUGGAUUAUUAAUACUGGACUCUUGCGGGGACGUUACCACUGCCUUGAACCAAAUCCCAUACUUCAUGAAGAGAAACCUGGAUGGUCCAGACAGGUCCUCCCCACCUGUGUUGGCUGUUGUCGGUGAAUACUACUCAGAGAUAUCCAUAUCAGUUACUAGGCAACUCAACCUGGAGUAUAUACCUCAGAUAAGUUAUGGUUCAACCGCUGGUAUCCUGAGUGAUAAGAUCCGUUUUCCAAGCUUUAUGAGGACAGUACCAGAGGACGAUCACCAAGCACGCGUCAUCAUGGAGAUUGUCGAAAAAAACCAAUGGACUUGGGUUGGUGUCGUCAUAACUGAUAGUGACGCUGGCCGCUAUGCACGGGACCGACUCCAGCACUAUGCAAAAGACAAAGACAUCUGCUUUGCCUUCGUCUCUGUCCUCCCAGAGGUUCUGAGUGACAGCGAACUCAAGGACAGCAUCAAUGCCACAAUUGAAGACAUUACUAAAAAUGAAAAAGUCAAGGUCAUUGUGUCCUUUGCCAAAACUGACCACAUGAUGUAUCUUUUUGACAAUCUUCUCAAGGAUUCUCGAGGCAGGGAGAAAGUUUGGGUGGCCAGUGAUAAUUGGUCAGAAUCACCUAAUGUACUGGGAAACUGGACUUUAAGUGAUGUAGGAAUAAUCUUUGGGACUACACUUAAAUCUGGAAAAACAAACAAUUUUGAGCAGUAUCUCAGUAAUCUUGAUGUGAACCCUGACCACAACAAGAACAACCCAUUCUUGUAUGACUUUCUUAAGAAUCAACAGCAAGGACAAAAAGCUAGUUCCUCACAUGUAGAGCUGAGAGCCAUUGAGGUACUAAAGCAGAUGAUAUAUCCGCAUGCUGUGUUCAGUGUUGAGUUGGCAGUUAGAGCUAUUGCUCAGGCUGUUGCAGACCUAUGCGUCAACAGGGACUGUAAGACGAAGCGAUUAAAACCCUUGGAGUUACGAGAAGCCUUAAAGAGAGCAACGUUCCACAUGGACGGGCGAAACUAUACAUUCAACGAAAGGGGUGACCUCAACUCAGGAUAUGAAGUCAUCCUGUGGAGGAGCCAAUCAACCUCUGUGGAUGUGCACUACAUUGUGGCUACUUACGAUAUAGAAAACAAGACGUUCACUUUCAUCUCACCAAAAACACGUCAAGAUUUCCAGAAUGUCACAAGAAAUGUGACUUCCAGGUGCUCAGACACCUGUAAAGUAGGCUACGUGAAGAAGUCAUCUGAUCACCAGCCAGUUUGCUGCUAUGAAUGCAAUCCCUGUCCUGAGGACUCCUUUUCGAACACAACCGAUUCCACACAGUGUCAUGAGUGUAAUAAUGUUACUCACUACUCCGCUGAAGGAAGUCAGAAUUGUACCCCCAAGAAACCUGUUUUCCUGAAUUGGAGUGAUGAGUAUCAUAUCGUGCUGCUGACAGUUACUGCUCUAGGGGCACUGCUUACCCUUAUUGUUGGGAUCAUCUUCCUUGCACGUUGGAAUACCCCUGUUGUGCGUGCAUCUGUGGGCCCAAUCUGCAUCCUCCUCCUCCUCUCUCUCUUGAGCACAUUUGUGAGUGUAAUAUUAUUUGGUGGUAAACCCAACCACUGGCAAUGCCAAGCUCGACAGGUACUCUUUGGCUUGAGCUUCACCCUGUGUGUCUCCUGCAUCAUGGUCAAGUCCUUCAAGAUCAUCUUGGCCUUUGAGUUUGACCCCAACACUAAGAGAAUCCUGAAGAAGCUCUACCAACCCUACAUCAUCAUUGCAGUGUGCCUGUCAGGUCAAGUAAUCAUCUGUGCCGUGUGGCUUGCACUCAAGCCUCCAACGCCCCAAUGGAAGCAAACAAACAACAAAAAGAUGCGUCUGCACCUCUGCGAUGAAACAUUCUUUCCUGCAUUUGGUGCCAUGUUAGGCUAUAUUGGCGUAUUAGCUUUCAUCUGUCUUGGUGUUGCUUUCAAGGGCAGAAAUUUACCUCAUAGUUACAAUGAUGCAAGGUUCAUCACCUUUAGUAUGCUGAUUUAUUUCAUCAGCUGGAUCAUCUUUGGCCCGGUGUAUGUCAAUGUAGAAGGUAAGUACCAUCCAGCAGUAGAGAUGGUCGUCAUCCUCCUCUCAGCCUACGGCAUCCUGUUUUGUCAGUUCCUCACAAAGUGUUACAUUAUUCUGUUUAAACAGGAAGCAAACACAGAGAGUGCGUUCCGCCAGGAAAUCAGGAACUAUUCCUUGGGUGAUAACCUAAAUAGUAGUAGUGGGAAUUUGGUCUCAUCUUCAUUUAGCUCUGAGGGGAUCCAAAACCCUGCUGUAGAUGUGGAAUUACCAAUGUCAAAUCCGCUGUCAUCAGAUCCACUGAACUCAUCCAUGGGCUCUGGUCUGUCAUCAGUCUCUAGUAGUCCAGUCUCAAAUUCACAGUUCUCUAAGUUGCAGAAUGACCACAGUUCCAAUAAGAGGCAGUUAAGGAAAUAUUUAAGCUUGCAAACACAACACCACAGUGAUUCACAAUAGUAAAAAAUCAUUACAAUAUUUACAUCUAAAGCAUAAAAUGUAUUGGUUCAAAUAUUAUCAGGGCAACAAU